CAAGAAACUACAACUUCCAGAGGCAACGGGCUUCCUGAAACGCGAAGCCUGAUGGGACAGGUAGUUUUGCGCACGGCCCUACCUAGCUGCCUGGGACUCAAGUUCUGAGGUUUGGGGCGUCCAGAGCAGGAGAGAUGGAACUGGAGCAGAGAGAAGGGACCAUGGCAGCUGUGGGCUUUGAGGAGUUCUCAGCGCCACCAGGCUCAGAGUUGGCGCUGCCUCCCCUGUUUGGUGGUCACAUCUUGGAGAGCGAACUAGAGACAGAAGUGGAGUUUGUGUCUGGUGGUCUGGGCGGCUCAGGACUGCGGGAACGGGAUGAAGAGGAAGAGGCAGCCCGGGGCCGGCGGCGUCGCCAGCGGGAACUCAAUCGAAGGAAGUACCAGGCACUGGGUCGGCGCUGCCGGGAGAUCGAGCAGGUGAACGAGCGGGUCUUGAACAGGCUCCAUCAGGUACAAAGGAUAACUCGGAGACUCCAGCAGGAACGCAGGUUCCUCAUGAGGGUGCUGGACUCCUAUGGGGAUGACUACCGGGCCAGCCAGUUCACCAUUGUGUUGGAGGUGAGUGCUGGUCUCUGGGUCGGUUGGGAGAACCAAGAGCCCAGGACACAGCCUUCAGAUACCUUCCCCCACCAGGAUGAGGGCAGCCAGGGCACAGAUGCCCCCACCCCAGGCAAUGCCGAGAAUGAGCCUCCAGACAAGGAGGGGCUGUCCCCUCCCAGAAGGACUCCUGCACCCCCAGAACCCAGCAGCCCAGCCCCUGGUGAGGGGCCCAGUGGGCGGAAGAGGCGGCGAGCACCACGGGACGGGUGCCGGUCAGGAGCAGCACUGACACCAGAACUGGCCCCAAUGCAGAUUAAGGUUGAGGAAGACUUUGGCUUUGAAGCAGAUGAGGCCCUGGAUUCAAGUUGGGUUUCUCGAGGGCCCGACAAACUGUUGCCCUACCCCACCCUUGCCAGCCCACCCUUUGACUGACCCCACUCCAAUAAACUGACC